AUGCCAGACUUUCCCUUUGGAACCACCAUCACGUUCUCUUCCAUCCUCCUAGCCACCUACAUAUUCUUCAAGUUCCUGGCCAUAAAGAAGAGAUCGUCACCUUCCCGUGUGACUAAGUCCUCGUCUUCGUCUUCGUUCUUGGACAAAUCAAAGGUUAAGGCCACUGAGAAGGUCCAGCCGGUAGAUGCCAGCUUCGACUGGAAGACAGAGGAGCCUGUGAAACAGUAUCCGUUUAAAAACGCUGCCUAUAAGCUUACCAUGGGUAUCAAGAACUUGUCAGUUCAAGAUUGGUUGCUCAUCGAUUCAGACUACUUGCGUAAGCUCAAGGCCAAGAAAGAGAUUGUCACUAAUGACCAUCCGUUCUACCCUAAGGAAAAGCAGUUGACAGAUAGAACAGUAUUGAUUACUGAAGAAUGCUGGCCAGCCGCUAGAGAGCUCUACGACGUGGUGAUCCAAUACUUGUGCGACAAGUAUCCCAUGUACUUUGUUGUUGACUCUGUCAAGGGUACUGUCCACAACAAGAUCACCGAUGAGACUCACCCAUACACCGCAGACUCGGUGCCCUUGGAAGAUACAAAGGAGCUUCUUUUUAAGUUGUCACGAAACAUCGAAGAAGACUUCAUCAUCUUGCUCAAGGACCCCUCCAGAGAGUCUGAGAAGGACGGGUCUGAGUACUUCUACAAGGGAGGAGUGUUUGCGUUUGCUGCUGGGUUCGCUCCUAGUGAUCGGUUCAACAUGCCGCUCUCCUUCAUACACCACCCCAUCCCCGGUUAUGAAAGCAAGCUUAAGCUUUCCAUGAACAGGUUCUUCGAUAGAGUGUCCCCAGGGCAGUACGUUUCUAGAAUGAACUUCUCAGUCCAAACGCACGACAGGUUCUACGUAGACGACCAGAACAAGAAUCACAACUUGAAGGAAGGCGAAGAAACGGUGGUGUUCAAGAAAGAAGACCUUGAUUUCGACAACCAGGUGCACUACAGAAGCGAAAGACAGACCUUGACGAAAUUGCCAAAGUCUGGUGCUGUGGUGUUUACCAUCAGAACGUUCUUGGUCCCCAUGAGCCAGCUCAAGCAGGAGGGCCCAGAGGUGACGGAAAGAUUCAUUGGGGCUAUCAAGGGACUUCCUGAAGAUAUCGCCGAUUACAAGAGAUCAGUGGCCUGGGGGCCAGCUGUUAUAGACUAUUUAGAACAAUGA